ACUAAAAUCCAAAGCAUACAUGUAUAGGUUCAAGGUAUGCAAAGACCCCCCAACGGCCACCACUCGUCACUCCCACCAACGAUAUAAGACGCAGACGUGAAAAACAAAUCACAUGGCUCUAGUUCCAGCAGCCAUCAACGACGGACCUGUGUUUGCCGAGGUCGAGAUGGCCGCAGACUCCUCCUCCGCACCAACCGUCCGAGCCACCGUCGUCCAAGCCUCCACUGUCUUCUACGACACCCCCGCCACUCUAGAUAAGGCUGAGAGAUUGCUGGCUGAAGCUGCCUCAUAUGGUUCCCAGUUGGUAGUGUUUCCAGAGGCAUUUGUGGGUGGUUAUCCGCGCGGUUCAAAUUUUGGUGUUAUAAUCGGUAACCGUACCGCAAAGGGUAGAGAGGAGUUCCGGAAGUAUCAUGCUGCAGCCAUUGAUGUGCCUGGUCCUGAAGUUGAGCGAUUGGCUGCAAUGGCUGGAAAAUACAAGUUGUAUCUAGUUAUGGGUGUGAUAGAGAGAGAUGGAUAUACACUCUAUUGCACAGUUUUAUUUUUUGAUUCUCAAGGUCGUUUUCUGGGAAAGCAUCGGAAAGUCAUGCCUACGGCAUUGGAACGUAUAAUCUGGGGUUUUGGAGAUGGAUCAACAAUUCCAGUUUUUGAGACUCCAGUUGGAAAAAUAGGUGCUGCCAUAUGCUGGGAGAAUAGAAUGCCACUGUUAAGGACUGCAAUGUAUGCGAAAGGCAUUGAAAUAUAUUGUGCACCUACAGCUGAUUCCAGGGAUGUAUGGCAAGCAUCAAUGACCCACAUUGCUCUUGAGGGUGGAUGUUUCGUUUUAUCAGCCAACCAGUUCUGUCGGAGAAAAGAUUACCCACCUCCUCCGGAGUAUGUGUUUUCAGGUGUAGAGGAAGAUCUCACACCAGAUUCUGUUGUCUGUGCUGGAGGCAGCGUCAUUAUUUCACCAUCAGGAGCUGUUCUGGCAGGCCCAAAUUAUGAAGGGGAAGCACUCAUUUCGGCUGAUCUGGAUCUUGGAGAAAUAGCGCGAGUGAAAUUUGAUUUUGACGUGGUUGGGCAUUAUUCAAGGCCUGAAGUGUUUAGUCUAAUUGUGAGGGACCAUCCAACAAACCCAGUUACUUUCACAUCUGCAGCUGGGAAAAAUGAAGUCUGUCAUGAGUAGCACUGGAGUGCUACCAACCAAAAAAAAAGAGAAGAGUUACUUGCACAAUAGAUAAUGGCCUCUUCACGAAUAAUUGGUUAGAUGACAUGGUUGUGACCCCGUCUAGACUCCAGAUUAAGCCAGGUGAAUUGGUAGUGGUUAUAGUUUUUCAUGUCUUCAACUCGACUGUGAUUACAUCCCGAGUCAAGGGUUAUCCGUUGUUAUGACUCCCUGGGUUGUAGUGUUUAUUGCUGCAUAGUUGGAUUGACAUGUAGCUCUUGUUAAUCUAAAAAAAUUAUCUGGUCAUCACGUUCAUGUGUUCUUAUAAUUUUGUUGUUCAAAAUUGAUGUACAAGAACCUUCUUGUGUAUAUCUGUGUUGGUAACUUGAUGCCAUUUAAGUUGGCUUGUUCUGUUAAAUGUUAGUGAUCAAGAUACUCGGUUUCCUAUU